AUGUCGCAGUAUCAGCAAGACGAGUUGGCCAGGCUCUUUGCCCACAACAUGAGCCUGAACCAAACACUGCCUCAAUCUACACCUGACCAGCAAUUUCUCGGCCACACAACCACCGCACAGCCUAUAUACUACAGCUCUCAGCACUACACACCCGCCAGCUACAUGCACAUCUCAUCCGCACCAGAGCAACAACCAGCAGCUCGAGCAGACUCCCCUCUUAGUGGAAGCCCUUUGGAGAAGAUCAGCAACAACAUCACACCCAUCCAUCUGGCGUCGAUGCUGCGCAACCACGACAUCGACCCCACCUCCCUAAGCCAUUCGCAAGUCAAGCUUUUCACCAACGCAGACUACGAACAGCGAUUGCGUCUCCUCGAACUCUGGCGCAUUUCUCCUCCACAGACCUCUGAUCACUGGCAGCAAGAGACGAGCUUGGCAUACGAAGAACAACUGGCUUCGUUGCGUUAUGAAGAGCGUAUGCGCGGACAAGUGGAUGAUGCACAGGCUGAGCCUUAUAUGGAGUCUGGGUAUGCACGCUCUGCUCACAGCGAGCCUGUGUAUGCGUCUUGUUCUGGCGGCAUGUGGCAGUCACAAGCUGGCCUGCAGGAUCGUUCAAAGGAGAUGAAGGAUGCACAUGCUUCUUGGACACAGGCACGCAAUUUUGAGCAGUUGCAGGCCAUGAAUGCUCAGGUUGAGCAACAGCGUGGAUUUUCCUCUCAUGAUGUUGCUUCGUAUGACGAGGACAUGGAGUUGUAA